AUGGCAGCCGAAAAGAUCCCAAUACCGAAGCCAGGCGAGGGAGAGCCGAUCGUCUUUUUUGAUAUCACACUUGGUGGUGAACCACUUGGCCGAAUAAAGUUCCACCUCUUUGCCAACACCGUGCCCAAGACGGCCGAAAACUUUCGACAAUUCUGCACCGGCGAGCAUAAAGCCCCCAACGGCCGCGCUCAGGGCUACAAGGGCAGCAAGUUCCACAGAGUGAUCAAGAACUUCAUGGCGCAGGGCGGCGACUUCCUCAACGCAGACGGCACGGGUUCCACGUCGAUCUACAACAACUCGGCGUUUGCGGACGAGUCGUUCGUGCACAAGCACACUGCGCCGGGUCUGCUGUCGAUGGCGAACUCCGGGCCGAAUACCAAUGGUUGUCAGUUUUUCAUCACGUGUGCGCCCACGCCGUUCCUCGAUGGGAAACAUGUCGUGUUUGGCCAGGUCGCCGAGGGGAUGGACGUCGUCAGGAUGAUUGAGAAUGUUAGGACUGCCGGUGCUGGUGGGCGUGGUUCGGGCGAGAGGCCUGUUCAGGACGUGAGGAUUAGUGAGUGUGGAGAGAUGUGA